AUGUCGCAUUCCAACCUCCUCCACACUCCCUUCGUCCCCGCCGCGCCGCCGUCACUCUGCCGCCGGUGCUCCAGCACCGCCGCCGCCGUCCCACCUCGGCGUUCAGUCCCCGUCAUCCAAUCCAAGAUCCGCGAGAUCUUCAUGCCGGCUCUCAGCUCCACCAUGACGGAGGGCAAGAUCGUCAGCUGGGUCAAAUCGGAGGGGGAAAAGCUCGCCAAGGGGGAGUCCGUCGUGGUGGUGGAGUCCGACAAGGCGGACAUGGACGUGGAGUCCUUCUACGACGGGUAUCUCGCCGCCAUUAUCGUCGACGAGGGUCUCUCCGCCGCCGUCGGAUCCACCAUUGCCCUGCUAGCAGAGACCGAAGAGGAAAUCGAGCUGGCCAAGUCUCAGAAAACGGUUGGGUAUACUAUUACUACGGAUGCUCUUGAUGCUUUGUACAAGAAGAUCAAGUCUAAAGGAGUGACCAUGACGGCUUUACUAGCCAAGGCAACAGCUCUUGCUUUGAUCGAACAUCCAGUUGUGAACUCUAGCUGCAGAGAUGGUAAGAGCUUUACAUAUAACAGCCAUAUAAACAUUGCAGUUGCAGUAGCCAUUGAUGGUGGAUUGAUUACACCAGUUCUUCAGGAUGCUGACAAGACUGACAUAUACUCGUUAUCGAGAGAGUGGAAGGACUUGGUCGAUAAGGCACGAGCAAAGCAGCUUCAACCUAGUGAGUACACUACAGGCACGUUUACGCUGUCUAACCUUGGAAUGUUCGGAGUGGACCAUUUUGAUGCCAUUUUGCCACCAGGAACUGGUGCAAUUAUGGCUGUUGGUUCUUCUCAACCUACUGUUGUCGGUACUAAAGAUGGCCGAAUUGGAUUGAAAACUCAAAUGCAGGUAAAUGUUACUGCAGAUCAUCGCGUGAUAUACGGUGCUGAUCUGGCAGCAUUCUUGCAAACCUUGUCUAAGAUAAUUGAGGAUCCGAAGGAUUUGACUCUUUAA